GAUUAGGAAUAUUGGAAUUGUACUUUCUACUACUCCCCAACUUCUGUGUUCCUUGCGUUGUCCCUUGGCGGAGCGGUAUCGAACUUCCCAACGAUGGAAGCUUCACCGGAAAGAGAUGCCUCUGCAACCAAUACUCUAAACCCUUCUCUCGAAGCAAUCCACCCACUCGUUCCCCAUCCCGUGAACGAGUGUGAUUCAAUCGAGCAACUGCCUCAGAAAACCCUAGAAGAAGUAGGAGCAGCAGCAGCAACGAGCGAGGAACGAAGCGACAAAACAGCGUUUGCGUCCGGCGAAGAAACACAACCUUUGAAUUUUCAGUUACAUGAAUGCUUGGAUUCAGUUGAGAAACGGAAGAGAAAGGACCCCGAGGAAGUAAACGGAGAAGCUAAAAAUGCACACCAUCCUCUGUGGAAGACAUCCUUGUGUUCGUAUUUCAGGAGCGCAUCGGGGUCUUGCAGCCAUGGGGAUGCUUGCAGGUUUGCCCAUGGCGAGGAAGAACUGCAGCCUCGGCCGGAUAACACCUGGGACCCCACGUCCGAAAGGGCAAAGAAGCUUAUGAAGUGCGAGAAUGGAGAGAAAGUUAAAACCACUGAUUUGGCGGAUAAUGUUCUCAUGACAGAUGCUCUAGUCUAUUCGUCAGAUCCUUCCCUUGCCAAAUGCUUAGUGCAUCUCCCGCUGAAUUGGAAUUCAGACAAAUUGAGGAGUCAUCUUACUGAUCAGGGCAUUAUGUAUAAAACAGCUAAAAAGAAGAAGGGUAUGACUGUUGGUUUUAUGAGUUUUGAAAGUACCGAACAGGUCAAAAAUGCUAUUGAGAUGCUGGAUGGAAAACCUAUAGCUAGUAGGCAUGUAAAGGUUGCAGAUAUCAUCCCACGAUCAUUUGAGAUGGAAACUAAAUUGGCAAUCCCUCCUACUGAGAGCAUCAAGCAACCUACAGAAACUUUCUUGAGCAACGAGGGUCCAAGUGUUUCUAUUUCUUUAAAUUGUCAUCAGGAUGGUGACCCUGUUGAGAAGGGUGAGUCAGUAAUUGAUGAUUCUGUUUCAAGGGAAAGAAGCGUUCGCACUGUGGUGACUCCCCUUGCUCAUUUGCCCUACAGUGAUCAGUUGGAGCACAAGAAAAGAGCACUCCUACAAGCUCUUAAAAAACUUACUCGAAAUGCACGUAAAGCUUGUCCAGAUAAAAUUCCUAUUCCAGAAUGGAUUCUCAAGUCUAGAGAAAUUGGGGGUCUUCCAUGUAAACUAGAGGGUAUCCUUGAAUCACCCCUUGUAAAUGAAUACCGAAACAAGUGUGAGUUCUCAGUUGGAUACUCUGUUCAGGGAAAACCAACUGUAGGUUUUAUGCUUGGAAACUUCAGGGAGGGUGUGACUGCAGUUGAGGAGCCUGUGAGUUGCCCAAAUGUUUCUAGAAUUGCUUGCAGAUUUGCCUCGAUCUUUCAAGAAUUUUUACAACAUUCAACUCUUCCCAUCUGGAACAGAAUCAAUAAUAAAGGGUUUUGGCGUCAAUUGACGGUUCGAGAAGGCCGAGGUCGAGGUCAGACUGUUGAGACUGAAAAUCCAGUGUCCAACAUCUCAGAAGUAAUGGUUAUGGUUCAGGUUUCCUCAUCUGGUUUUGAUGAUGAACUGAUAACAAGUGAACUUCAGAGAAUGACUCGACUUCUUGCUUCAGGAGCUGCUGAAAAUUCUCCACCUCUUCCUCUGACCGCAUUGGUAGUUCAGGAUCACACAGGAAUAUCAAAUGUUGCACCAGCUGAUGCUCCAUUGUGCACGCUACCAAUACCAAAGGCAGAGUGUACUAGUGGACCAGAUGCUAUAAGUAACACCACAGAAGCAAGAAUUCAUGACUACAUAUGCAAUCUUCGCUUCUCCAUUUCACCAACAGCUUUUUUCCAAGUUAACACUCUUGCUGCAGAGAAGCUGUACUUUCUUGCUGGCGAGUGGGCAGGUCUGGGUCCUGAUACCUUGCUUUUCGAUAUAUGUUGUGGGACUGGAACAAUUGGCCUGACAUUAGCACAUCAAGUUGGUAUGGUUGUAGGCAUUGAAAUGAAUGCUUCUGCAGUCACUGAUGCUCACCAAAAUGCAGAGAUUAAUGGCAUAAAAAACUGCAGGUUCGUCUGUGGGAAGGCAGAGGAUGUCAUGGGAUCUCUAUUGAAGGAGUAUUUAGAUGUCCCAUCCAAGCAAGAUGAAAUUGAAAAUGUCCCUGAAAGCAGUGGCAAGGAAGAUACACAUGAUAGAGAAAAAGAGAAAGAUGCCUCCAUGGACAAAAUACAAGAUCUUGAAGAAGGCUCAGAGCACCAAUUCAUUGAUGUUAAAAGUGCAUCUAGCUGUCCAGAUAAAGGUGGGGAACAGCUUGAAGACCCAAUCAAGAAUAGCUGCAUUUUGGAAGAUAAUAAUAACCACCGAGUGCCUAAAUAUAAAGAGGUUGUUGCUAUUGUUGAUCCUCCACGUGGAGGCCUUCAUCCUGUUGUUAUUAAAGCUUUAAGGACUCAUCCACGUCUACGGCGGCUUGUUUACAUCUCCUGUAACCCUGAAACCUUAGUGGCAAAUGCGAUCGAGCUCUGUACACCAUCCAGUGACAAAAAUGAGAAAGGGAAUAAGAAUAACCGGGUAUGGAGGAACAUGAGCAAUGCAGGUCUGGCUAGACACAGGGCAAAGUCCAUGCCCAACUCUGAACCUUUUCAUCCUGUCAAAGCGAUGGCGGUUGAUCUCUUUCCACAUACCCCACACUGUGAACUGGUGAUGCUUCUAGAGAGGUAAAAACAGGGUAUCCAUUAAAUGUCCUCACUCACUUACAAUAGCAU